GGUAACGGUGCUUUUAUUUUGAAGCUCCCAGGUUACUGUUCUUCCUUGUGAGCUGAAGAUGUCAGGUGUCAACAAAUCCAUCGCCCUGCUCAUAGCGAAAACUAAAUGGGAAGCGACACUAUUUAAAUGAGCAAAAGGUAAGCUUCCAUUCCACUCCACAGCUAUGGAGGUUGAGGAUCAGAUCAGAAGGAUUAUGGAGGGAGAGGGGUUAGAGUUCACAGAGUUAGAUGUGCAUCCUGAUCAGGCCAAACCAGCAACGCUUAGAAAAACAGUCUCUUACAUCGUCUGCGCAGUCAUCCUUAACGACCAGGAGGAAGUGCUUAUGGUGCAGGAGGCCAAGCAGGAGUGUUUUGGACAGUGGUACCUCCCUGCAGGUAGGAUGGAGGAGGGGGAGGCUAUUGAGGCGGCGAUGCAGAGGGAGGUGAAAGAGGAAGCAGGCUUUGACUGUCAGCCAAUCACAUUGCUGUUGAUCCAGGAGCAGGGACCACAAUGGAUCCGCUUCAUUUUCCUUGCCAAGGUCACAGGGGGCAGUCUGAAGAUUCCGGGUGAGGGGGAUCAAGAGUCCCUGCAGGCUACCUGGUGGGAUAGGGUGUCUCCUCUUCAACUAAGAGGACGCGACAUCCUCGACCUUAUAGACUCUGGGCUCAAGUACCACCAAGAGACAUGGCAUCCUCGCACGCUACCGGUGGCCAUACCCUGCAGUCACGUGGUGCAGAGGCUGGUCCUCAUCUUCUCCAAUGCCGAAGAGGAGCUCUGGGUUCUACUGGUUAAAGCCCCGCGCCUCCACCUCCCCACAGCAGGGGCGGUGAAGACCCAUACGCUGAUGUGGGCCUCUAGCCUGGUGGUGCAGGAUGCCCUGGGGUCCCUCUACUACGACCAAGAGGUCACGGCACUGGGCGUGCUGGGCCUGCAGCACCACUACCACCCCACGCCCGGACGCCUGCAGUCCCGGUGCAGUGACGGCGUCUGCUUCAACAUGCUGGCGCAGCUGGUUCCGGACCCCGUCCAGCGGGACCGGGACGGGGAGAAGCUGGAGGUGGUGCCGCCAAGCCAGCCGCCGCCGCCGGAGAACCCUCGGUACACCUGGAAACGCAUCCAGAGCCAGGUGCUGACGGACAUCCUGCUGGGGAAGAUGAAGAACCCCUGCACCUUACCCAUCCACAGUCUGUACUGAGGACACACCGCUGCUGGGGUGUAGUGGUGGGAGUGUGUUCUGAUUUUGAAGAGAGCACACCUUUUAGGAGCUUUGUCAUGGAGGAGAUAUCUAAUCAUUUAUAAUCGAAGAUGUUGUACAGUUUCAAGAUGCUAUUUAUUGGAAGGUACAGCAUUGAGGGUGGUGUUAGUAAAUGGCUUUUAAAGGAAGUCGUAGAAAGUAGGCAAGUCAAUCGUUGUUGUAUUCCAAAGUUCGAUUUAUACGGAAAUAGCACACUUUGAAAUUAUGCAAUUCUUUGUUAGAUUGUAAUUACCAUUGAUUGUUCAAAGACUUUCAAACAAAAUAUUGAUGCAACCUCCUUACAUCUGGGGAAAGGGCCCAUCACUAAAACAAACACUGAGGGUGUUUCUAUCCGUGUCCACCCGUGCGAGGGCUAAAACUUGCUAGAUUACUACUACCAUGUUCUUCUGACAAAAGUAUUUAUUGUAAGUCACUUUGGAUAAAAGUGUCUGCUAAAUGCCCUAAAUGUAAAUGUUAAUGUAAAGCCCAGUUCAGACCAAAGAUUCACCUUGCAACGGCUUGCAACUCGCAACUCCUUGC